ACGUUGUUGAAGGUAUUUGUAUUGACAGACAAUCAGCCUAUGACGUCGCCAACGACACCGAUCGACCCACGGGUUGAGAUGUUCCAAAAGGGACAGCCCUACGAUGCAUUCUUCAAUAUGAAAGCGCUGGCGCCACGACCAUUGUCAGAUGCCACGGAAAUGUUCGAUACAGACUUUGAGGACGAUGAUAGUGAGGCAGAAGAUAACUCCCCGCGUCUCAGUCUGAAUUCAACCGGACAAAAGAGUGAAACUACGUUAUCAUCCUUUGAAGAAAUACAUACUCCAAGCCCGGGCUCACAUGAAUUUCCGGGUUUCAACUUCGACUUGACAGUAAAGAAGCCAGUAGAGGGUCCAAGAGGGCCACACCUGUUUCGAAGCUCAGUCGAUUCCUCGCUCAGCUCGGAUGAGCAAUACGUUUUAGCAAUGUCUCCAAUGACACCAAGACCAUCGAGCAGGCAAAGAGCGGCGCAAGAUGCGCCCAGAGUUCCAGAUAUUCCAACACAACACCGCCAUCUCAGUUCAUUGACACAUGCGGUGGAGGACUUGGACUUGAAUGAUGUAUCUCUAUGGACACCAAGACAAGUCGCAAGAUGGAUGUAUGAUGCGGGAUUCGAGCCAUCGAUCGUGGAAAAGUUUGAGGAGAACGAUAUCUCAGGUGCUAUCUUGAUUACACUGAAGUUUGAGGAUCUGAGAGAGCUGGACAUCCCUUCUUUUGGACAACGGACAAAGGUUUGGAACGAGAUACAUGUUCUUAGAGGUAGUGCGCCAAGUACACCGAAGCCUCCUACCCCAUUUGAGGAAGUUUCGUCGCCAUGCACCGAAUCCCGACAGCCUUCAAGACAUCGGUCAAGGUCAAGACAAGGGAAGGUACAUUUCGAGUGUGGUUCAGACGAAGAACCUAAACGCCGGAAGAGUUCCCGAAGACGGCACAGGAAGCAAGACGAUGCGAUAACUCCACUCGAGUCAGUCUCCAUCGUUGGCAUUGAGCAGCUUAUGCCCAAGCCCCAUAAGUGCUCGAAGGGAGAGAACUGCUCAAAAUGGCGGAAGCAACAACGUUUGAUUGAAAACUUCAAGAAUGAGCAUCCCGUCAGCCCAGAGGGCGGGUCAAUAUGGGUUGCCGGCAACCCAGGAAACCCCCUCACUGCGGAAGCAGUAGCAGAGGCUGCAAGGCCCAUCUCAGAUGCAGUACCAUCAGUCGUUGCCUCGUCAGAUGUGCUUGGUCCUGCCGCAGUCCCACAAUUUCAGCAUCUAGAGGAGGCCAGUCUUCGAAAUGUCGAGUCCCGCGACCCUCAAGACAAUGUCCAGCAGUUUCUCAAGUUCCAGCACAUGGAUCCCAGGAACAUGGUGUGGUCAUCCGAGGAACCUUCUACGCCUCCAUAUGAGAUGUUCCCCGCGCUCAAAUCUCCUCACACGGGACUUCGCGGUCUUCCCCGACUUGCAAUUCCACCUCCUAAGCCAGCACCACCACCACGUGCUGCAAGCGCGAAUGCAUUCUCCCCUUACCGAAUGGAGCGAGCCGAGGCCAUGUCACCAGAACUGCGUAACGUAACACAAUCCCCAGCUUCGGUGUACCGCUUUGGCACUCCGUUCUCCGAGAUGGAUAUGCCCGUGACAGCAGUCCCAAUAGGGCCCGUUGCACGUGAAGCAUCUCAAUCUGUACCACCCAACAUGUCUUACAGACAUGCACCAGCACCGGUCAUCCAGCGCACUCAAUCCCGCGCUUCUGCGCGCCGUCCAUCCUUUCCUGCAAUGCCCCGCGUCGACGAGAAUAUCUCCACUGUAUCCUCAACCCAAGAGAGGUUCAACCCACAUUAUACGCAACCUCCGCCACAGAACCAUGCCUAUCCUUGGUCACCAGUCAAUGCUCCUGCUACCCGGACUGCAGAUGAUGCCUCGCAUGCUGGGUACAUGAGGAAGCGCAAGACGAAGAUGAUGCGCCAUGAAUGGCACGAGCAUCACUUCACCCUCAAGGGCACUCGCCUUACAAUGCACAAGGAUGCGCAGGCUCUAGAGACCCUAGAGUAUAUAGACGUGGACGACUAUGCCAUUGCGUGUUCCUCUCUCGCCUCGGGCUCCAAGCUCAACGCUGCUUUCAAGGCGAUGAACAUCUCCCGCGGCAACAAAGACAAGAAAGAUGAAGCGGCAUUCGCAUUCCAGCUCAUUCCAGCGGCCAUCGAGAAGGGUGUGAGACUGCGGAAGAGGGAGAGCGCGAUGGUCGCGAAUGGCCAGGCUGAAGGCAAAGACGCCGGCGCCAAGAACAAGACACACUACUUUGCGGUGAAGUCAAGGGAUGAGAGAAUUGACUGGAUGCGAGAGUUGAUGCUUGCGAAGGCGCUGAAGCAGAAGAGUGAAGGAUGGGAAAUAAACGUUAACGGCAACAUGAUUUAA